AAUUUGGAAGUUUAAUAAGGGAAGGACGUAGUAUACGAUAUUCGUUCACAGUGGUACGAACUGGGUCAGAUCCGUAUAGGCAGAACCCAGAGGCCUCUCACGUGGAGUCUCCAGUCAUCUUCCCCGGCCUGCUCCGAUCAACCAGCUGAGCGAAUACCACAUAUAUAAUAAAAAAUAGAAAAUCGCAGGGGCACGAGCCCCUCCAAGCCCCUUACGUAAGUUCCGCCCCUGUCUGUGUUGGGUUCAUUCUGAUCUCGUAGCGCAUUCUGUUUCCUUUUAUCUCGCAAGCGUGUAAUAAUGGCAGCAAUGGACAAGCAGAAUACUUUGGAUUACAUCAAUCAGAUGUUUCCUACAGAAGCAUCUUUAUCUGGAGUUGAGCCACUAAUGCAGACUGUACAUAGUGAAAUUCGUAGGGUAGAUGCUGAGAUAUUAUCUGCUGUUCGUCAACAGAGUCAUUCUGGAUCCAAAGCUAGGGAGGAUCUCGCUGCUGCUACACAAGCUGUGCAGGAACUAAUGUAUAAGAUUCGAGAAAUCAAAACUAAAGCAGAGCAAAGUGAAACAAUGGUCCAAGAAAUAUGCCGUGAUAUUAAAAAAUUGGAUUUUGCAAAGAAGCAUAUAACAACAACAAUUACUGCACUUCACCGCCUCACAAUGCUAGUUUCUGCUGUGGAACAACUUCAAGGAAUGGCCUCGAAACGUCAAUACAAAAAGGCUGCUGCACAGCUAGAGGCUGUGAACCAGUUGUGUAGUCAUUUCGAAGCAUAUAGGGACAUUCCCAAGAUUACUGAGCUUAGGGAGAAGUUCAAAAGUAUCAAACAAGUCCUUAAAUCUCAUGUGUUCUCUGACUUCUCCAGCCUAGGGACAGGGAAGGAGACGGAAGAAAGUAAUUUGCUGCAGCAAUUAUCAGAUGCGUGCUUAGUAGUUGAUUCUCUUGAGCCAUCCGUGAGAGAAGAACUGGUGAAGAAUUUUUGUAGCAGAGAGCUCAACUCCUACCAACAAAUAUUUGAAGGAGCCGAACUAGCAAAGCUAGACAAGACUGAAAGGAGAUAUGCUUGGAUAAAGCGUCGUUUGAGAACAAAUGAGGAGAUCUGGAAAAUAUUUCCCCUUUCUUGGCGUGUUGAUUAUUUGCUUUGCAUCCAGUUCUGCAAGUUGACAAGAUCACAACUUGUUGAGAUCCUUGGCAACCUUAAAGAAAAACCUGAUGUUUCAACACUGUUGGUGGCUUUACAGCGGACAUUGGAAUUUGAGGAAGAGUUAGCAGAGAAAUUUGGCAGUGGCAGCCGUAGCAAAGAAUCAUAUAAUGCCGAGGAUAUAGAUAGACUUGGACAGAACAGUCAGACAGUUUCGGACAUUCGAAAAAAAUAUGAGAAAAGGCUUGCUGCACAUCAUAAAAGUGAAAACGAUGAGCAUGAUGUACACAAAGAUUUAUCAGUACCUGGAGCUGGGUUCAAUUUCCGUGGGAUCAUUUCAUCUUGCUUUGAACCUCACUUGAUUGUAUAUGUUGAGUUGGAAGAGAAGACAUUGAUGGAGAGCCUAGAGAAACAAAUGCAGGAGGAGACCUGGGAAAUUGAUGAGGGAAGUCAGACUAAUAUAUUAUCCAGUGGCAUUCAGGUUUUUGCCAUUAUCAAGAGAAGCUUGAAGCGCUGCGGUGCUUUGACAAAAAACGAAACAUUAUUUAAUUUGUUCAAGGUAUUUCAAAAAAUACUUAAAGCAUAUGCGACAAAGCUGUUUGCUAGGUUGCCAAAGGGUGGUACAGGAAUUGUAGCUGCAGCAACAGGCAUAGAUGGACAAAUAAAGACGUCUGACAAGGAUGAAAGGGUCAUUUGUUAUAUCGUAAACACAGCUGAAUAUUGCCACAAAACGUCUGGCGAGUUGGCGGAUAAUGUGUCCAAAAUUAUUGAUCAUCAAUUUGUGGAUAAGGUGGAUAUGUCUGAAGUGCAGGAUGAAUUUUCCGUAGUUAUCACAAAGUCUUUGAUGACAUUAGUACAUGGUUUAGAAACAAAAUUUGACACGGAAAUGCUUGCAAUGACUCGCGUUCCUUGGGGUACACUUGAAAGUGUUGGGGAUCAAUCAGAGUAUGUCAAUGGCAUAAAUACUAUCCUCACAAGUAGCAUCCCUGUCCUUGGGAACCUUUUAACUCCCAUUUACUUCCAGUUUUUUCUAGAUAAGCUGGCAUCGUCUCUUGGCCCGCGCUUCUACCUCAAUAUAUUCAAAUGCAAGCAAAUAUCAGAAACUGGAGCACAACAAAUGUUGCUGGAUACUCAAGCCGUAAAGACUAUUCUUUUGGAAAUUCCUUCUCUUGCCAAACAAACAUCAGGAGCUGCUGGAUAUUCAAAAUUUGUAAGUCGUGAGAUGAGCAAAGCUGAAGCAUUGUUGAAGGUUAUAUUGUCCCCAUUUGACUCCGUAGCUGAUACUUAUUGCGCACUUCUGCCAGAAGGAACACCUACAGAGUUUCAGCGAAUACUGGAGCUUAAGGGACUGAAGAAAUCUGACCAGCAAAGCAUACUAGACGAUUUCAACAAAAGGGGGACAGAGAUGGGUCAGCAGACUAUGGUUGCCCCUCCAGCUGCCCCAAGCACCACAUCGUCUUCAAUUGUAGUAGCACCUGCUAUAAAUAAUAACACGGUUGCACCAGCAGUGUCUAUCUCAUCAAGAGAGGAUGUGCUAACCAGAGCAGCUGCGCUUGGAAGAGGUGCAGCCACAACUGGGUUUAAAAGGUUCCUUGCCUUGACUGAAGCUGCCAAAGAUCGAAAAGACGGCCCCUUCAGGAAGCUUUUCAAUGCCUGAAAACGCUCUUUCUUUUUUGGGGUUCGCUUCUCUUACUCUCUCGCUCACCCAAUCCUCACCCAAUCCUGCCAGAUUAUUUAUUGUACACUAAAGUUUCAAAUAUUGUUUGCACAUGAUAUGACAUAAGCUCGUCCGUAGUGGUUUUGGAGAUUUUCUGUAUAUUAAUAUCGAGUUGAGAUCCAUGAGUUAAAUUCAAACAUGCGAUUGAUAAUUGUAGAUCAUUUUUAAAUUUUGUGAG